AUGACAUUCAAGAAUAAACAUCACAAGAAGGUCAUCAGAAAACCCUCAAAAAAUGAUAUUACUAGAAAAUCGAUUGUUCGAGUCGAAGGAAGUUCCUCUAUUUCGUCCAACCCUGUUGGAGUUUACUUGUGGGGCUGCGAUCUCACAAAUCCGUCUAAUGAGGAUAAAGGAAAGGUCAAAGAAGAGAAUGAAAAGUCUCAUCAAAAGGAAAUCAUCGUUGAGAAUGAAAAUGUUGAGGUAAUUUCAAUAGAAAAUUCCAAAGAAAAAGAAAUUAAGCUACUGCAAGAAAAUGUGAAAAUGUACAAAGGAGUUAGACAGAGAAAAUGGGGCAAGUGGGUUGCAGAGGUAUAUGACCCAAGAAAGAAAGGUUGUAUUUGGUUAGGAACAUUCAACACUGCUGAAGAAGCUGCUUUAGUUUACGACAAGGCAAUCAUUGCAAUUAAAGGUGUUAAUGCUGUGACAAACAUCCUCAAGCCACCACAAAAGGAGAUCAAUUUCAUGAACCUACCAUCUUCAUCCUUAGAUAAUGCUAGGGUUUAA